UCCCCGUCGGGCUUCGACCAGCCACCGCGACGCGUCGACAUGGCCGCCCCCAGGUCCACCGUGGCGCUGUCCUUCGCCCUGACCGUGGCCGUGCUGCUGCUGGCCGUGCACGCCCAGCCCGCGCACCACAAGGGCAAGACCACUGCCGCGAGGAAGGCGUCCAAGUCCACGGGGAAGCACGCGACCACGCACAAGGCCUCGUCGACGGCCGAGACCGGCAGCGGCAGCGGCACCGAGGCGGGGGUGGAGGCCGGGAGCUCGGCGGCUGUCGAGGCCGCCAACACGCCCCCCAUCCCAGAGGCAGGCAACACCCCGCCCAUCCCGGAGGCCGGCAACACCCCGCCCAUCCCCGAGGCCGGCAACACAGCGGCGCCCGCGGAGGCAGGCGCCACCGACGCAGCGCCCCCGCCAGCCUAGACCAGCUCGACCAGCACCAUCAGUACCCGGAGGCUGCUCGCCAUUCGUACCUGCCUCGCCCAGCAACCAGAUCAAAAUAAUUUCCAAAUAUUCUGUUGUCCAGAUACAAAGUUUAAACAGGCAAUUACACAGCUUUAUAUAACCAUUAUUCAACAUAAUAUUUUUAUUUUUCAACAUCAGUCUCAAGAAAAUAUGUUUUCAUAUAGCUAUGAAUAUUUCUAAGAGUAAAACCGAAAUAAGUAACUGAG